UUUGGAAUUAUGCAUGAUAUGUGUGCUGGAAUGGUGCCUACAAUGUAAUAAAAACUUUUUAUUUAUAUGUAUAUGUAUGUUUAUGAAGCUUAUUUUGGAGAGACAAGUGGCUUAAAUUGAGUUCAACUUUGAUAGUUAUAAGAACUUAAGGUUAUCAACCAUUAGAGAGAAACAGAGAGAAAGAAGGAAAAAAAAAAUUGAAGCAAAAGAUGGGAUACUGGAAAACAAAAGUUCUUCCCAAAAUCAAGAAGGUUUUUGAGAAGAAUAGUACUAAGAAAACUGCUGCUGCUGAGGCCACCAAGUCCUUUGAUGAAUCAAAGGAGGUAAUCAAUAAAGAGUUUGAGGAAAAAAAGACUGAACUUCAAACAAAAGCACUUGUAGUAUAUGAGGCUUCUUCAACUGAAAUCAAGAGUUUGGUUAAAGCAAGAGAUGAAGCAGGUCUAAAGAAGCACUCAACAGAAGUUCACAAAUUCAUAGAAGAACUUGUUAAAAUUGAUUUUCCUGGAUCAAAAGCAGUAUCUGAAGCCUCUUCUAAAUUUGGGCCACCCUUAAUUUCAGGCCCAAUUUUCUUUAUUUUUGAGAAGGUGUCAACUUUCAUAGUCACAGAAGAGAAAGUUGAAGAAGUACCUCCUAAAACAGAAGAGGAAACAAGUGGUGUCAAAGAUAGGGAAAUAGUUGUUGAAGAAGAAAAAAAGGAAGAAAUAAGUGAGAAAAUUGAAUCGGUUGAUGAAAAUGUUGAAAGAAAGGCUAAGGCCGCGGAAGAUAUUGCUACUCCUCCUGCUGAUAAGCAGGAGGAGAAACCGGUUGAACCAACUGCGGUUGAACAAGCUGAACCACCAAAGGCUUGAAAAUUGGUUGAUGGAGAUCAUAAAUAUGUUGUAUAUGUGUAAUAGUUUGCAUAUACUAAAAAAAUGUUACAUACCAAUCUCUUAUUCUUUUAUAUAUGUGUAAUUGAAUUUGCUUUGUUUAGUUUGAUGUAUGUGAAUGUGAAUGUUUAUAUGGUGAAUUAUUUUGUAAUUUUCAUUUUUCAUUUUAAUGUCAAGGAAUUGUGACUUUGGAUUGGAUCAAUUGAUUUAUUCAAUCCUUGUUUGUUGUUUCAUUUAAGUGUGAUCAAUUCCAUAUAUGUCCUAUUUUGCUGGA